AUGACCGCAAUGGCAUUUUCUGUUUUUCUUCUCCGGGAGAAGAAGGAGGAGGCAGUUUUGAAGAAAUACAAUUUCUGGCUGAAGCCAUUACUGUUACAUUGCCUUCUUCCUUUUCUUAGCCAGUGGCUUGGAAAGAUGGCAGAGUCCAGCAAGCGUGCGACGAGCGAGGAUAACCGAAGUUUGGAGGCACUUUGGGCUGCGCACGCUGGAGUCGAGAAACGGCUGGAUGAUCUCACGGCUGCUGUAGAUCGUCUAACCGCCGCUUUACGUCGCGAACCACCUCUUGUUCGGACGGGAGAUGUUCCUUUCCGAGCCGGACGAACGAUUCCGCACACUAUCACCCCCGCUGAGGACAACCGGGCAUUUCAGAAUCGAAAUAGACGGCGCGCAGUAUUGAUUCCCGAGUUUUCAGAUUCAGAAGAUGAGCAGAAUACUUUCAAUCCAGAAGGUUUUUCUGAUUCGGAUGUCGACCUGGCGGAACGACGCCCUCGGCGUUAUGCUGGACGAGAUAGACAUCAGGGCGAGUUUAGAGUGAAGCUGGACAUUCCGUUUUUCGAUGGGAGAUUGCAUAUUGAAGACUAUUUAGAUUGGGAGCGGUCAGUUGAGAACUUCUUCGAUUAUAUGGAGAUCGAACCGGAAAAGCAGGUCAAAUACGUGGCGUGUAGACUCAAAGGCGGAGCUAGCGCAUGGUGGUCACAGUUACUGCAGUGCCGUCGCAGGGAAGGCCGCGGACCAGUCCGCAGUUGGAGCAGAAUGAAGCAAUUGCUACGCGGGCAUUUCCUUCCGACCGAUUACGAACAAAUGCUAUACCUGAAAUAUCAACACUGCACUCAAGGUAAUCGCUCAGUGAGCGAAUACACCGAAGAAUUUUAUAGUCUAUCGGCAAGGAAUGAUUUGAACGAGACGUCAAACCAGCUCGUAGCCAGAUACAUAGGCGGUCUAAAAGAGAGCAUCCAGGAUAAACUGGAAUUAAGUUCAGUGUGGUCACUUUCGCAGGCUGUGAAUUUCGCCCUCAAGGCCGAAAUUCAGUUGGGGCGGCACUCAAGAAGCGGUACCUAUCGCAAGCAGAAUGCGGAAACUGGAAUAGAUUUAGCAAAACCAUCGGGAUCAGCUAUGCGUAAGACACCCGUAGCAGCUGAGGGUAGCGGAAAUUCACAACCACUGAAAAUUCUUUCUGAUCCCAAAGCACCAGUUAAGCCCAAGUUUCCCGGGAAGGAGAAUCCUUAUCCGAGACCACAAGGUCUCAAGUGCUUCCGAUGCUUUCAACCAGGGCACAAAUCAAAUGAGUGCCCAAACCGCCAACAAUUGCAACUCUUGGAGGGUGAAGGCGAGGAGGAGAACGAAUUGUUCGAGGAAGAAGUCGAAGUUGAAGACGUCACUGCCGAUGACGGUGAGCCAUUAAUCUGUGUGCUUGAGAAAUUAUUACUAGCCCCACGUAAGGUUGUUCAGUCGCAGCGACAUUGCAUCUUCAAGACGAAAUGCACCAUUGGCGGCAAGGUUUGUGAUCUUCUAGUGGACAGUGGGUGCACCGAAAACGUGGUGUCCAAGGCGGUCGUGCAAGCCCUACAACUAAAGACGACCAAACACCCCCAGCCAUACAAGAUUAGCUGGGUUAAAAAAGGAAUGGAAAUUUCAAUUACUGAAACAUGCCGAGUGCACUUUUCUAUCGGAAAACACUAUGUGUGUGAGGUGUUGUGUGACGUCGUGGAAAUGGACGUCUGUCACCUAAUUCUUGGUAGACCAUGGCAGUUUGACGUCGGUGCCAUCUAUGACGGACGGGCCAAUACAUACACUUUGGAAUGGAAGGGAAAACGACUUCGUCUCUUGCCACAUUCCUCCACAGUAGAUUCAAAAAAGGAGUCAGCCCGUCCAGCACUGCAUGUAGUAACAGGGAAUGGUUUGCUAGCUUCCUGCAAGGAGAAUGCACCUCUAUUUGCUUUAAUUAUUCGGGAAUCCGCACCCGAUCAUAACUCAUCAUAUGACAAGGCCAUGGAACAAGAGCUGAUAGGGAAUUUGCUGAAACAGUUCCAGGAUGUGUUAACUGAUGCCGUGACUACCUUACCGCCUCUACACUCGUUGCAGCACCAAAUUGAUUUCGUGCCUGGAUCAACGUUACCGAAUCUACCUCAUCACCGUCUGAGUCCAACAGAGCAUCAAAUUCUACAGGAACUUGUUGAUGAUCUAUUGAAGAAUCAGCUGAUUCAACCAAGCCUCAGUCCUUGCGCAGUGCCCGCGCUAUUGGUUCCUAAAAAAGACGGAAGCUGGCGGAUGUGUAUGGACAGCCGAGCCAUUAACAAAAUCACAGUUAAAUUCCGAUUUCCAGUACCACGGUUGGAAGAGCUGUUAGAAAGGUUGGCGGGCGCUAGUAUCUUCUCCAAGCUUGAUCUUCGGAGCGGCUACCACCAAAUUCGAAUUCGGCCUGGUGACGAGUGGAAGACCGCCUUCAAAACUCGUCAUGGUCUCUAUGAAUGGCGGGUCAUGCCGUUCGGAUUGUGCAACGCCCCAUCGACUUUUAUGCGGCUCAUGAUCUCCUCUUUCACUUGGGCAUUUUGGCUCAAGUUGCUGAGGAUCGAGGAAGAACUUGGAAGUCAAGCUGUGUAUGCUGGAGAGAACUGGAGACAGCUUUGA